GGGGGUGAGAGAGAGAGAGAGAGAGAGGGAGGGAGAGAGAGAAGGGAGAAAGACAAAGAACAAACCUUUCCGUUUCUGUCCCCUUCCUCCAAUCUCUAUUCCACCUGUCCUCGUUCUUUCUCUCUGUGCGUCUCUCAUGUUUCGUGAAUUUCGAGGCGCAAACACCAUUAAAACAGAGAGGCACGAAGAAAGAGAGGACCCAAGUAUUCUCACAGUCUCUCUCAGCAGCCACCCCCGCCGCCAGGUCCGAAGAUUUCUCUGGUUGCCCGUUUCGGUUUCUCAAUUUUCAGCGCAUUACUCGAGAAUUGGAGUGCAUGCACGUUGGAGGUAAGCGCUGUUGAUGGGGAGCAGUGAGCCGGUGCUUGUCCCUGAGUGGUACAGAGCAGGAAAAGGGGGUAAAGCUCCCAAUGCCAGUUCGGCAAGAAACAGACUUCUCUUGAUUCCUGUUGAACAAGAUUCUAAAAGAAGUCUCAGUAGGGAGGGCGAUUUCGGUAGGAGAGGUAGAAUGGAAAAUGUGGAUAGCCGUGCUAGAGCUCGUGAUGGGGAUAGAGAUGGAGGUAGAGAUCAAGAUAGAGGUGGAGAUAGAAACAGAGAGAGGAGAAAUUCAUCUGGAUUUAAUGUGGAGGGAUCAGUGAUUCAGGCAUCAUCACGAGUUCAGACCGCUACUCUGUCGUCAAGACAACGCAAGCGACUUGUGCCGGUGGUGCCUUCAUUGCCUAAAUCUUCUAGUUCCAACUCUUCAGAGAACUCUAAAUCCAGAGGAGCACCGAGGAGUGGAGAUUUCAGUGGUCCACACAAGAAUAGUCAGAAGUCGUUAUCUCAGUUAACUGUUGUCAACAACGCGCUCCAUGUAUCUGCUGCUAAGUCUGACAUUCUCAAGGAAUCUCAAUUUGGGAAUCUUCAAGUCCUAUCUCGAGAGAGAACUGGGCCUAUCUCUAUCGCUGUCCAGGAUGCUGGUCUGAGGAGCUCUGUUAAUUCAAACCUUAAGGCUGAAGCCAAGGAUACCAGUUCAAGUUCCAUUGAGAAGAGAUUCACCUCCAAAGCUCAGAAUCGUAAUGCGUUCUUCAACUCCCUCAGGAAAAAAACAUCAGUCAAUCAUUCAAAUGCUUCCGCUGUUCCCGAGCCAAGCUGCUGUGAUACUACGGAGAAGCCAUUGUCAUUGGAGAUGCACGCUACAAUUUGUGGUUCUGUGAUAAAUGAGGAAGAGAAGAACACUGAUGAAUCAGUGGUUAGUUCUGGUGAUAGUGUUGAUGCUACGUAUGUAUUUGAAUCUCAAUCUCCAGAGGACAAUGGAGAAAAUGAACGGUCGUUGUGCGGUUCUAAUUGUAACUGUGAUACUGUUGUUGACCCGGACGAGCAAGAGAAAGCAUUUCUUCUAUCUCUUGGAUGGAAGGAAGACGCAGAGGAAGAAGCUCUAACAGAGGAAGAGAUUGCUGCUUUCAUCAAACAGUAUCCGCAGUUCUCCAAACGCUUUUAAGCUGUUUUUUGCUGAGGCGCUAUUUCAAGGAUGAGAAGUCAUUGUGUUAUCAGACAUGGUGAAUGUUUUCUGUGGAGGUAAGUUCAAAGUGUCGAUAUUGUCUAUAGAAAGAAACAAAGGAGGGAAGUUGGUGGUUUUGAGAGGCUGUGAUGUUAAGACAGUGAGUGAACCAACUUUUGUCCAAUGUUGUUACCGAACAGUAGAUAAAGUUACAAUGUAAGAUAACCAAGCUUUAGCUGGAAGGCGCUGAAGAGCCAAUCUUUUUGUUUCUUUCAUUCCCAAAUUCGGUGGGAGAGUUACGC